GCGCCAGGCACCAGUAUCACUCUGGCUUAUUCGUGAAGAUUUCGGAGACGGAGACGGAUCGUACACACGUGAAAUCGAGGAAUUGAUCUCUCGAGAGUUGACGACAAGGGCGAACCUAUUGGUUGAUGAUUCUUACCGAGACCACUACCGUUGGCGGCUGCAUGAGGCUUGAGACGAUCCCGAAGAGAGAAACUCGACGAGCAAGGCGGGACAGAAGGAGCACGGCAAGCCUGGGAACGCGAACUGAAUUCAUCAGGAAUUCACAGAUAAAGGAGUUGCUCUUCGAAAAUUGCAUCGACUGUGGAAAAAUGGCUGCUAUUCCGCAAGGUGCUUUUGCAGCGUGCAAAGUUCACUAUAACGAGGAACGAGCUAUCUCAAUGUCGGCCAUGGAAGGAAAAGAAAAGGCCGGCAAAGAGAGUUUAUUCAAUUCGAGACCUCCUCUAGAAGGUUGGGAGCUGACGCCGCUCAAGUAUAACAGCAAGCUGAUGAACAGUAUCUGGGGUCUCUACAACCGUUACUCAGUGCAUAACUUCAAGAAGAACACCGAUGCCAAAGAGGGGGCUUGCGGCGGGGUGGCCGUGGCGAUCUGGGGCGCCAUUCUGGAGAACCACCCCCCGAAUGCAGCUGCCGCUGCCGCAGUGCAGAAAGUCCCCGGAUCAUAAGGACCGGAAACGGUCUCUCAAGUUGCGGUCACCUGAGCUUCAACGCUCAAAUGAAAAGAUCGCAUGACAAUUUUGAUAAUUGAUGAUACGUGUAUAAUUAUGAAAGAUGAGCUUCUUUCUGACAAAAUGUCGGAUAACCGAAUGUAACGUGAGCUCUCAUUUUUGCUAAGUUCGCGCUGCGUAGUGAUUAACGCCGACGCGCGACGCGUCGAGAUGUAUUAUUGUAAUGUAUAUUGCAAAUAAAAUAGAAAAAUUGAA